UGGUGGAAGAGGAGGAGGAGGUGGUGAAGGAGGUGGAGGUGGAGAACGACGGCGACAAGGAAGGGGAAGAGCAAGGGCACGAAGACAGUCAGUCUCGGAUGAAAUUCGAGCCACUUUAGUUGACCAUGUCCUUGUCCAUGGGAUGACUAUGAGGGAGGCUGGGCAACGAGUACAACCAAAUUUGAGUCGCUUCACUGUUGCCUCCAUCAUCAGAACCUUCAGGGAGGAAAACAGGACACAGAGACGACCACCUGGUGGAGGCAGGUUAAGGCUUUUGUCGGAGGAGCAAGAGAGGGAACUUGUAAACAUGGUAAUUGCAAAUAAUGUAAUCCGCCUGCAAGAGAUUCAAAGGAGAGUGAUUGAGGAUGAUCAUCUUUUUCGAGGCAUAAAUGCCAUCAGCCUCUCCACAAUUGACCGCAUCCUCCGAAAGAAUCAAUUCCGGAUGAAACAGGCAUACCGAGUCCCUUUCGAACGAAACUCUGACAGAGUGAAAAACCAACGUGUGGAAUAUGUUCAGAGAAUCUUUGAGAUUGAAGGACGGCCUGUUCCCCAUGAAAUGAUCUUUGUGGAUGAGGCAGGUUUUAACCUGACCAAAAGAAGGAAAAGGGGGAGGAACAUAAUUGGCCAUCGGGCUAUUGUAAAUGUCCCUGGUCAGCGUGGGGGGAAUGUCACUAUGUGCGCAGCCAUCAGCCAACGAGGGGUACUCCACCGCCAUGCCGUACUAGGACCCUAUAACACUAUGCUUCUCCUUGCUUUUCUUGAUGGUUUAAGACAACAUAUGUUCCAGCUGGACUACAGGGAACCAGCACAGCCAGAGCAGCCUCACUACGUUGUUGUGUGGGAUAACGUCAGCUUCCAUCGCGCUGCUCUGGUUCGUGACUGGUUUACCAAUAACCCAAGGUUUUCUAAUAUCUUUCUGCCUGCAUACUCCCCCUUUCUAAACCCGAUAGAGGAGUUAUUUUCGGCAUGGCGGUGGAAAGUGUAUGACCGAGAACCUUAUGUCCGUGUUCACCUCCUUCAGGCCAUGGAAGAGGCCUGCCUAGACAUAUCAGUAGAUGCAUGCCAGGGGUGGAUCAGGCAUGCAAGAGGAUUUUACCCCCGCUGCCUGGCUGGGGCCAAUAUAGCCUGUGAUGUGGAUGAGAUUCUCUGGCCUGACCCAGACCAAAGACAAGAUGCUGUGGUGGGAUAAUGUUUCUGGUGUGUGUUGUACUGUAUAGUACAUGAAUGACAAUGUGCCACUGUACAUACAUUGGUUGCGUCUUUUGUGUUUAUCAUGUGACAAGGGUUUUGAAGGGGAGAACCAUAAGCAACCUAAUUGUUUUGGAACUAUUGUUUUGAAUUAAUUGUACCAGUGUGCAAAACUCUGUUGUAGUGUGUGUGUUUUUGAGGGCUUGUGUUUGAUGUCUGAGGGCAAAGUUCGGUUUUUCAGCAGGAGUGAAUAGUUUUGGGUGUAGAGCUUCAUUUUGACCUGGAAAUAGGAUGUUUGGGGAAUUGAGUGAGAUGUUAUGGA